UCCAUGUCGAGCAUUUCUCUCUUUGGCGCACCUGUUGGUGUGAGGGGUCCACUGGUAAGCAGUAUGGCUGCUCUCAGCUCGAUAUUGUUUGCAACUCUCAUGGCUGUUACGUGUACAUCUGGGGAAUUGCAAUGCAUUGGACCUUACUUCCACAAGUUCGGUGACGCGUGCUUUGCAGUCAGCAGUGGCAGCCAGGGAUUUGGAGUGAGCGAUCAGACAUGGCAAGAUGCCUCUUACAUAUGCGGCAACAUGAGCGCUCAGCUGCUAAUCACAAACACACAGCAGCAAUUCGAUGAUGCCGUCUCAUUCAUGGCAUCUGGUAGUGGUGUGCGGUUUACAUGGAUUGGAUGCACAUCACUGUCGGGGGCCAACUACACUUGCGAGGAUAACAAGGCAUAUUACUACGCAGCCGCAGAGUUCGAUGGUUUCUGGGAAUGGGCAGCAAACAAUCCAAGUCCGAUUUAUAUCACCAAAAGGUGUGCUUAUAUAUACCUAGACCUAGCUGUGAUGAUAGAGAAUGUGUGCACCAUCAAAAAUGCCUUUGUGUGCGAAAAACCCGCUGUUGAGAUAACAUCCGCAUCCCCUGCCACCAUGAAGACCACUGCACUACCAACGACUUAUCCGGGGCUAUUUUCUCCAAAAGGCGUCACGAAGGCAAUUUCUGAUACGGUUGCAGUUUCCACGGCCGCAAUAUCUACGGGUGCUAUUCUGACGGCGGCAAGUCCUACGGAUGAGGCUCCUACAGAUGCAGGUCCUACGGCUGCGGGCCCUACAGUUGCGGGUCCUAUGUAUGAAGGUACUACGGCUGCAGGUCCAACCGAUGCUGAUCCUAUGGAUACAGGUCCUACUGAUGCGGAUCCUACAUAUGAGGGUCAUGUGGAUGCAGAUACUACGGCUGCGGGUACCAAGGCUGCGGGUCAUACGGCUGCAGGCCCUACGGCCGCAAUAUCUACUGCUGCAAUUCCGACGGCGGCAAGUCCUACGGAUGAGGCUCCUACAGAUGCAGGUCCUACGGCUGCGGGCCCUACGGUUGCGGGUCCUAUUGAUGCAGGUACUACGGCUGCAGGUCCAACCGAUGCUGAUCCUACUGAUACAGAUCCUACAGAUGAGGGGCAUAUGGAUGCAGGUGCUACGGCUGCGGGUACAACGGCUGUGGGUCCUACGGCUGCAGGCCCUACGGCCGCAAUAUCUACGGCCGCUAUUCCCACGUCGGCAGGUCCUUCGGCUGCCGGUCUUACAUCUUCAGGUCCUACUGUUGCGGGUCCUACGGAUGAGGCUCCUACAGAUGCAGGUCCUACGGUUGUGAGUCCCAUGGAUGCAGGUACUACGGCUGCAGGUCCAACCGGUGCAGAUACUGUGGAUGCAGGUCCUACAGAUUUGGAUCCUACGGAUGAGGAUCCAAUAGAUACAUCUUUUACGGAUUCGAGUUCUACUGUCACCUUUGCGACAGACGUCUUGGUAAGAUGCAACGCAAAGCGUAAUCAAGUGCAAUUCCCCGCCCACUAUGAAACUGCCCCGACGAAAUGGCACCCUCAGCCGGGAUUGUGCAUCCACAACCACGUGAUCACAGCAGGCACAGUGCGCAACACCGUCAUCUGUGCAACUUGGUGCCUCGAUGACCCCAGAUGUCGCUCGUUCAACUAUGUAGCCAGUGAGCAACGAUGCGAGAUGAGUGACGUCACCAUGAUGGAGGUGGAAGACGGCAACCUCGUUUCAGACGCCAGUUGCAUCGUCUUCGAGCCAUCUCCAUACGCAGUAAAACCUGGUGUUUGAUUUAUGAACACUUUCUGAACCUUUUUUUGUGUUGUAGUCCAGUCUGCACUUGUGUCGAGUCACUUGUGUCGAGUCCGUGUCAAAUUCUCGAAUCAUUUGGUUUUGAGUCCGACUGCGAGACGCAUUAUUUUGUACGAAAUGGAUGUGCAUGGACCUAAAGGCAAAUACCAAUGACCGAUCGUGUUAAGUGAUGCGCUGUUGCAGAAAUUAGGGCUAAUUAAUUGGCAUAGUAUUUACAACACCAACUGGCGAUUGGUGCGGUACAGUCAGCCCAGUCGCCAGCU